AUGGUCGACCAUCCCGGGCAGGAGCAGGCGAUGCCAGCCUCCACCUCCCAAGCAGCUCUUCAGAUUGCCGGACCCACCUCUCCUCAGUCUGCAGCCUUGGGCAACGCUGCAACUGGCGGUCAAUCAUAUCUGCUGCUGCCCAGCUUCACCCUCGAGUCCGGCGUGGAGCUGCAGAAUGUGCCAGUAGCAUACAAGACGUGGGGCAAGCUGAGCGCGAGUGGGGACAAUGCCAUGGUCGUGUGUCAUGCGCUCACAGGAAGCGCAGAUAUCGAGGAUUGGUGAGUGUGCAUCGAAAGCUUGUGCUGCAGUAAAGCUUCCGCUGAAUGCUGUUCUGCUCGCAGGUGGGGACCUCUGCUGGGUCCCAGCCGGGUGUUCGAUCCCACUCGCUUCCUCGUCGUCUGCUUGAACGUCCUAGGUAGUCCGUAUGGCAGUGCGAGUCCUUGCACGCGAAGAGGUGGGGAGGUCAGAGGAGCGGAUGGAUCAGAACGAGCAGGCAGGCCAGUCGUGCACGCCGAUGCGGACGGAAAGGAGACGGUGCAUUGGUGGGGUCCAGAGUUUCCUGCCACGAGCGUGCGGGACGACGUCAGGUGAGCGGCCAUACAGCUACCACGACUGGCUCUUUGCCGUGCUGACGCGCGCGUGCAACACCCAUGACAGGAUUCACAAGCUGGUGCUCGACCAUUUGGGUGUUACACAGAUAGCGGCAGUCGUCGGCGGCUCGAUGGGCGGCAUGGCUGUGCUCGAAUGGCCACUGUGCUUCCCGGUCCGCUUUCCGACGGAAGAGUCGGCCAGCAUACCGCAAGGUGCCGCGGCAAGCACGUCGGCUACAAAAGGAGCUGAUCGCAAUGCCGCGCAGCCCCAACGACCGUACAUUCGAGCCAUUGUGCCCAUCGCCACUGCCGCUCGACAUAGCGCUUGGUGCAUAUCGUGGGCAGAAGCGCAGCGGCAAAGCAUCUACAGCGACCCCGCAUACAAUCACGGCUACUACAUGCCCUCUGCGCCGCCUCGCGCUGGUCUCUCAGCAGCACGUAUGGCCGCACUUUUGACCUACCGCAGCAGGGACUCCUUUGAGAGCAGAUUUGGUAGAAGGACCGGCGGUCCUGCGAAGGGCAACGGCAAGGUUGCUGCUGCCGAGAUUGCAGCGUUGAGCGUCCACGACGCCGCGGGCCAGCACAACGAGGGCAAUUCGAGUCCUCGCACGCAUGCGGUGGACAGAAACUCGAGCUCUCCCAUCCCAACGCUGUCGUCCAUUGGUGCUCAGAUGGCCGCGGCGAGCGUUUCAGAGGGUCCCAAUGGUACUGUGCCACCUUCUUUGCUGGACCCAGCUGCCGCUCGUAACGCUCUCCGUGCUCCGACGAGCACAGUCAAUGCCCCAAAAGUGUAUAGCGCGCAAUCUUACCUGCGCUACCAGGGCGACAAGUUUGUGAAGCGGUUCGAUGCCAACUGUUACGUCCAUCUCACGCGCAAGAUGGACACGCAUGAUGUGGCUCGAGGGAGGGAGGACUGGACAUUUGUGGACGGAAGGGAGCGGGAAUCUGAACUGGAACGAAAUGAAGACGACGAAGCUCUGGCGAGGGUGUUGAGUCACUUGUCGUCGAGCAGUGCGACCUCUCAGGGACCGCCCCCGCCGCGCGUGCUCAUCGUCUCCAUCCAGUCAGACGGCCUUUUCAUGCCAACGGAGCAGCAGCUGAUGCAUGAUCUCAUCAAAGGAAGCGAGCUGGUCACGAUCGAGUCUCCGGAGGGUCACGAUGCAUUCUUGAUAGAGAGGUACAUGCUCAGCUAUCACGUAGGUACCUUCCUCGCCAACGUCUUGUCCAAUGACCAGGUGGGACCGAACUUGUAUGCGGGCGUAGGUGUUGGCGAGCUAGAGUGGAGCAAGUGGAACGGGGAUGCUGGGUACGAGGGCGGGGAUGACAAGGUGCAGGUGAAGGAAAGCAUAUAUGGAGAGGUGGAAGACGUGACGCGUUGGUAG